AAGCUUUUCUUCGGAAAUGGAGGCUUCCGAUCACAAGUGCUGUGCAUGAAACAUCGUUUGCGAGCAAAUCCUGUUGCCCUGUGCGCUCAGCAGUCCGCAGCUUGUUGUUGUUGGUGUGCUGCCACACCUCUUUUGCCUUGGCUGCGAGGUGGUGGCCACUGAGUUCCGUUUCGUAUCGCAGAAGAUGACCACAUUCCCCAAUCAGAUACUCGGUUGAUGUGUACUCUCACGUCGACUACAAACCACCCGCCCAUGUCCAAGAAUCCAAAAGCUCCCCAUCCCUCUCAUCCUACUCUUCCCCAAUCCCCUUCGUUGCUUCCACUCCACCAACCUGUUCCUGCGGUGCACCACACGCUGCCCUUCCCCUUUAAAGCCCUCGCAGCGCCACCGCCACGCAGGAAAGGAGAGCAUAUCAACGGUAGUAGCGGCAGCGGCGACGACAGUGACAUGGCUGGUCUAAGCGUUCUCUUGGAAACACACAACAGCUUGCCAAAAUACACUCACAUCAUAAGCAAAACCUCCCUCGUUAAGAACUCUUCUCUCUCUUCUCCUCCUUCCUCCUUCGCCACCAGCCCUUUCCUGGAACGCUGCUACCUUUGCCGGAAGAAGCUGCAACAGGGCAAUGAUAUCUACAUGUACAGGGGGGACCGAGCGUUCUGCAGCGUGGAGUGCCGCUGCCGCCAGAUAUUUAUGGACGAGGAGAGCGGGCGGAGGGACCAAUGCUCCCUCGCCGCCGCGGCUGCCUCGGCGGCUGACGCCGGAGCCCAGUCGGACCGCGGCCGGCCGGGGAGGGCGACCCGAAAAGGGCGGGCCGUGGCCGGUGGUUUCGCCUAGUGUCGUUACUGCUUUGGCCAAGCACCUGGUUUUGGUGUAUUGACCAAAAUACCCUCGCCUUGCUAUUUUCCCCCUCUUCAUUCCAUUCUGAAGGGAAUGGGUUUGCGGGAGCCUCAUGUACUCUGUUCCUUCUCGGAUUACAUUGUUUUGUUCUUACUUCGAUAAAUAAACAUAUUAUAUAUAUAUAUA